GGCAGCCCAGCCCUAGCCCCAGUCCGGGUGGACACCGACCUUCGCCGCCGCCCGCGCCCCGCCCGCCAGCUCCCGCUGCUGUUCUCCGGGCGCCGUCCCCUCCUCACCUCGAAGCCAGCAUGAAGGAGACCCGGGGCGACGGGAGCGCCCCUUUCUGUACCCGCCUCAACCACUCUUACCCGGGCAUGUGGUCGCUCGAGCUCUCCGCCGCGGCGCAGGGCAACCUCACGGGUUCCCGGGACCCCCGCGAGGACUGCGGCUCCGUGUCGGUAGCCUUCCCGAUCACCAUGUUGAUCACCGGCUUCGUGGGCAACGCGCUGGCCAUGCUGCUCGUGUCGCGGAGCUACCGGCGGCGGGAGAGCAAGCGCAAGAAGUCGUUCCUGCUGUGCAUCGGCUGGCUGGCGCUCACAGACCUGGUCGGGCAACUGCUCACCAGCCCGGUGGUCAUCGUCGUGUACCUGUCCAAGCAGCGCUGGGAGCAUCUCGACCCGUCGGGGAGGCUCUGCACCUUCUUCGGUCUGACCAUGACCGUCUUUGGGCUCUCCUCGCUCUUCAUCGCCAGCGCCAUGGCCGUCGAGCGGGCGCUGGCCAUCCGGGCGCCGCACUGGUACGCGAGCCACAUGAAGACGCGCGCCACCCGCGCGGUGCUGCUCGGCGUGUGGCUGGCGGUGCUCGCCUUCGCCCUGUUGCCGGUGCUGGGCAUAGGCCAGUACACCAUCCAGUGGCCCGGGACAUGGUGCUUCAUUAGCACCGGGGAAGGAGGCAACGGGACUAGCGCGUCGCACAACUGGGGCAACCUCUUCUUCGCCUCCACCUUUGCCUUCCUGGGGCUCUCGGCGCUGGCCGUCACCUUCGCCUGUAAUCUGGCCACCAUUAAGGCCCUGGUGUCCCGCUGCCGGGCCAAGGCCACCGCGUCGCAGUCCGGCGCCCAGUGGGGCCGGAUCACCACCGAGACGGCCAUCCAGCUCAUGGGGAUCAUGUGCGUGCUGUUGGUCUGCUGGUCGCCGUUGCUGAUAAUGAUGUUGAAAAUGAUCUUCAAUCAGACAUCGGUUGAGCACUGCAAGACUCACACUGAAAAGCUGAAAGAAUGCAACUUCUUCUUAAUAGCUGUGCGCCUGGCCUCACUGAACCAGAUCUUGGAUCCCUGGGUUUAUCUGCUGCUAAGAAAGAUCCUUCUUCGAAAGUUUUGUCAGGAGGAAUUUUAUGGAGAUUAAAAAUUGAGCAUGCUGCCAAGAUCACAUCACUGGAAGUUCCUCAACUUUCUUUUUAUUAAGGAGAGAAAAUAUCACAGAAAAACUGUACCUCCUAACCCAUUCCCCUUCACUUUCCCCCCUAUACCCACCCAUCCAGAAGCUGGUAUGACCUGUUCCCAUGCAUGUUUUUGUAAUUUUACUACACAUAUAUGCAUCCAUUAAAUUUGUAUCCUUUUGUUUUAUGAGUUUAGAGUAUUUACAUACAUGUUUUCAUAUUAUAUGUAUGACUCACUACUUGGUUUUCUUCACUCGAAAUUGUAUUUCUUGGGAUUUAUCCAUAUCGAAACAUGAAACUUUAGAUCAUUAAUUUUAACUGCUGUAGAGUAUCCCAUAAUUUGAAGAAAGCAUAAUUUGUCAGUUCCCUGACAAGAGAAAAUUAUUUUAUUUCACUAUAAUAAGCUGCAUUGAAAAAAAAAUUCACCAGUGUACAUGUUAGCUUGUGCACAUCAGCAUGAGUUUCUCUCAGACAGAUGCCUAGGAGGGGAAGUGCCGGUCAGAGGGGAUAUGCAUCUUCUUAUAUUCACAUGUGUAAGAGUUUCCUCCAUGUGUAUCUAUACCAACAUUUGUGAUACUUUAGCUUUUUAUGUCCUUAUAAGCAUGAAAUAGUAUCUCAUUAUUAAUUUAUUUUACAUUUUCCUGAUUGAAAUGUGAGGUUGAGAAUUUUUGUUACUGAUGAUUUGGUUUUCUUCUGUGUCUGGCCUGUUUUUAAAAUUGACAAUUUCCCCUGGGUUAUAUGUCAAUUUAUUACUGAUUUGCAAGGGUCUUAAAAAUAUCUUCUGGAUAAAAAUCCUUUUCUGGUGUUUAUUAAAUGCAAUGGAUUCUUUUAACUCCUCUGUAAAUCUUCCCUCUC